AUGGCAGUCCCCCCGUCCCCCGCUCAACUUCUCCCCCGCAGGACUGUGCCCAACCACAUCUCACGCCUGCCCGUGCCCAUCGACUUGGCCCUCUGCCCCGUGAAAACCCUAAGGACGUUCAUUGAGGCCCUUCGCUCCACUUCGGCUCUUGAGGACACAGGUCUUGAAGAUGAUACGAUUCAUCGCAUACGAAACCCCUUCCGGACUCCACCGCUGCUCACACCCGACGAGCAGCUGUCAAUUGACAUAUUCCUCGCCGUCACAGACGGAUCGGAGAAGAUCUAUGAUCUCACAUGUAAAGCUGUUAUGCGGUGCCACCCGGGAGAUUGUCUACUCUCGUACUAUCUUGUCAAGAAAAAGAUUGCAGAUCUCACUGGCGUGUACCCUAUAAUCACUGACAUGUGUCCGAACUCCAAGCGAAGUACGCGACAGCAGUUCAGCACGUUCCCCGUUGGCCCUCAGAUACAAGCACGUUAUUGUCACUCGGACGGGGCUCGUCUCAUGCGUCAUAGAGCUGGAAUGAUGCAGGACAUACUUGACGAGCUCGAAGACAACCACUUGCUCGAAAAUAUCGAGGACAUCUACCACGGGUCCUUGUUCUGGGAUGCGUAUCAAAGAGGUCGUAUUGGUGGCGAUGAUGUUGCCCUCAUAUUCUCGAUGGACGGGGCCCAGUUGUUUGAGCACAAGGCGUCUAAUUGUUGGAUCUACAUUUGGAUCGUGGCCGACAUGCCGCCAGACCACCGCUACAAAAAAAAGUACAUCAUUCCCGGAGUUAUCGUUCCUGGACCAAACAAACCAACAAAUCCCGACUCUUUCCUUUAUGUCGGGCUGCAGCAUGUUGUUGCACUUCAGAAGGAGGGCCUCCAGAUCUGGGACGGCGAGCAACGGAGAAUGUCGCCCUCAACGCCACCUAACAACGUGGAAGUGCGCAUCUUAUGCGGUUCGGCCCACUCCCGCGAAUGGUACGCGUCACCCUUCGCUACCACGGUCGCGCGCGCGCACGCGCAGCUCUCCGGUUUUCAAUGGAGCAAGAAGUGGGCCCCGCGCCUCGUCAAGACUAGCGACGGCACGGUGCACCUCGACACACCGUUCUCUCGCCUCUUGGGCAAGCCCCCGAUCAUGGUGGCGGGCAUGACGCCGACGACCGUCAAGGCCGGCUUCGUCUCCGCAGUGCUUUCCGCGGGGUACCAUGUCGAACUCGCCGGCGGCGGACACUACAACCCCGCCGCGCUGCGCGCCAAGGUCGCCGAGAUCCAGACCAAGAUCCCGCCGGGGAUCGGGCUCACGCUGAACGCGCUGUACAUCAACUCGCGCCAGUUCACGUUCCAGUUCCCGCUAUGGCAGGAGAUGCGCCGCGAGGGCCUCCCCAUCGAAGGCUUCUGCGUCGCGGCCGGUAUUCCGACCACUGAGAAGGCGGGCGAGAUCAUCGAGGGCCUCCGCAGCGCCGGCAUUCGCCACGUCAGUUUCAAGCCCGGUUCGGUGGAUGGCAUCCGUCAAGUCGUCAGCAUCGCCGCGGCCAACCCCGACUUCCCCGUUAUCAUGCAGUGGACCGGAGGACGCGCCGGUGGCCACCACUCGUGCGAAGACUUCCACCAGCCCAUCCUGUCGACCUAUGGCACUAUCCGUCACCAGCCUAACAUCGUUCUCGUUGGUGGCUCUGGCUUCGGCGGGGCUGACGACGUCUGGCCCUACCUUACCGGCGAGUGGUCUGUGGAGAAGUUCGGCGCGCAGCCGAUGCCGUUCGACGGCUUCCUGUUCGCGUCUCGCGUCAUGGUCGCCAAGGAGGCACACACCAGCCCGUCCGUCAAGGACCUCAUCGUCGCCGCCUCCGGCGUGGACGAUGCGCAGUGGGAGGGCACGUACGUGAAGGAGACGGGUGGUAUCCUCACCGUCCAGUCUGAGCUCGGCGAACCGAUCCACAAGGUCGCGACGCGGGGCGUGAAGCUCUGGAAGGAGUUCGACGAGACCGUCUUCAAGCUGCCGAAGGAGAAGCGCAUCGUCUGGCUCAAGGAGCGCAAGUCGGAAGUCAUUGCGAAGCUUAACAGAGACUUUGCCAAGCCGUGGUUUGGGUGGAAGAAGGGUGACGUGGUCGCCGAGGACAUCGCCGAUAUGACUUACGAGGAGGUGCUGCUGCGCAUGGUGCGCUUGAUGUACGUCGCGCAUGAGGGACGAUGGAUCGAUACCUCGCUGCGGAAUCUCACCGGCGACUGGCUGAGACGCACGGAGGAGCGGUUUACGGGUGUGAACGGCGGGAAGCCGAAGCCGAGCAUGUUGCAAUCCUUCACGUCGCUUGACGAGCCGCUGCCGUCCAUCGAAAAAUCCCUCAACCUGUACCCGCUCGCCAAGGAGCAGCUGCUGGCAGUGGAGGAUAAGGCGUACUUCCUCACGAUCUGCCAGCGUCCUGGCCAGAAGCCCGUUCCGUUUAUUCCCGUAUUGGACGCGUCCUUCGAAGUCUGGUUUAGAAAGGAUUCGCUCUGGGCCGCGGAGGACAUCGAGGCAGUAUUCGACCAAGACCCGCAGCGUGUUUGCAUCCUGCAAGGUCCCGUUGCGGCGAAGCACGCUACCAUUAAGGACGAGCCUAUCAAGGACAUGCUCGACAAUAUCACCUCAUUGCUCGUUGACAAACUCGUUGAGCGCCAAUACGCCGGCGACAAGAGCAAGAUUCCCACCGUCGACUACCUCGGUUCUGCGCCUGCUGUUGCUUCGUUCCCUGCGGGCGUUAACGCCACACGAGAUGAGAACUCAGUGUCCUUCAGCAUCGGGUCGGACGUUCCGUCGACAGAGGCCUGGCUUGAAGCCCUUGCAGGCCACAAGCUUUCAUGGCUUUGCGCAUUCCUCGCCUCGACGACCAUCGUUCAGGGCACGUCCUACAUCGACAACCCCGUCCGCCGCCUGUUCGCGCCUCGUGCGGGCCAGAAGGCAGUUAUCCGGCUCAGCGGCGGCUCGCCGAUCGGCGUCAAGCUGUUCGGUGCCGCCCGUUCCGAGGGUGUUCACAAGCCUGCGUUCGAGGCCGUGGACGUCAAGUACGACGCCGCGCAGCGGCUUAUCAACCUGACGAUCUUCGAGGAUCGUCGCGACGCUUCCGUGCCGCUGUUGCUCCAGUUCAAGUACACCCCCGAGACCGGCUACGCUCCCAUACGUGAGGUCGCCGAGGGUCGCAACCAGCGUAUCAAGGAGUUCUACUGGAAGCUUUGGUUCGGCAAUGAUUCGACUCUGCCUGCGCUCGACGUGCACGAGACUUUCGUCGGUUCUGAGGUUCGCAUCGAGGCGCCAGACAUCGAGUCCUUCUGCGCCGUUGUUGGUAACCAGGGCGAGGCGUUCAAGACCACCCGGACCGAGGUCGUCAAGGCUCCCAUGGACUUCGCCAUCGUUACAGGCUGGCAGGCUAUCAUGAAGUCGAUCUUCCCUGCAUCUAUUGAUGGCCAUUUGCUAAAGCUCGUCCAUCUGACCAACGGAUUCAAGAUCGUCGACGGCGCGAAGCCGCUCAAGGCAGGCGAUAUCUGCAGGGCCGAGGCGAAGAUUGUUUCCGUCGUCAAUGGCGAUGCCGGCAAGACGGUGAAGGUCAAAGGUCAUGUUUACAGCCAGGGCAAGCCCGUCGUCGAGGUCGUGUCGUCCUUCCUCUACCGUGGACGGUUCACCGAUUACGAGAACACCUUUGAGACCACCGAAGAACCCGAUUACCUCGUGGAGAUCCCCAACGACGCGGCGCCCCUUCAAGCCGGUACCGGGCUUAUCUUCCGCAUCAAGUCCGAGAUAUCAUUCAAGAGCAAGAGCUCGUACCGCUCGCUGACCGUCACGGGUGACGUUUUCGUCCGCGACCAGUUGAAGCGCCUCGUCAAGGUCGGCACCGUCGACUUCGAUCAAGAGGACUGCCACGGCAAUCCGGUUCUGGCUUACCUGCAGCGUCACGGCAAGCCGCAGGGCUUGCUCUCCCCUCUGCCAAACGAUGGUUACUCGCUGUCCAAUGAGCCAGCGACCUUCGUCACUCCGUCGACCAACGAACCCUACUCCAAGGUGUCCGGCGACUUUAACCCGAUCCAUAUCAACCCUUACUUCUCGAACUAUGCCUCUCUUCCUGGUACCAUAAUGCACGACAUGUGGUCGAGCGCGGCCACUCGCCGCUAUGUCGAGACGAUCGUUGCUCAAGGCAACCCAGACCGCGUCAAGUUGUACGAGGUCGCCUUUGUGGGGAUGGUCCUCCCCGGGGACGAACUGAACGUCAAGCUCCGCCGCAUCGGCAUGAGGAACGGCAACAUGGCAAUCAAGGUUGAGACCUUCAACCAGCGUGGGGAGAAGGUCCUUGACGGCUCCGCCGAGGAGCCGGGCAUGGGCAUGGAGCUUUACAGCAUCUCGCCAGCUGCUAGCGCUGUGUGGGACGCUGCCGACGCCCAUCUCACGACUGUUUACGGGUUCUCGGUCAUCGAUAUCGUCAAGAACAACCCCAAGGAGAAGACGGUGCACUUCGGUGGUCUCAAGGGCCAGGCUAUCCGCCAGCGUUAUAUGGAGAUGACUUACGACACAAUGGAUCGUGACGGCAAUAUUCGGACGCUCCCGUUGUUCGGAGACAUCAACAUUCGUUCGCCUCAGUACACGUUCAGCCACCCCAACGGUCUCCUCUUCGCUACUCAGUUCGCUCAGAUCGCGCUCGUCGUGGUGGAGAAAGCGGCGUUUGGGUGUAUGCGUGCGAAGGGGUUCGUGCAGCCUGACUGUGCAUUCGCCGGUCACUCGCUCGGCGAGUACUCCGCGCUCGCGUCCAUCGCCGACCGCGCUGUGGAACGCGACGAGCACAACCGCUCCAACUACGCUAUGUGCGCGGUUAACCCGAGCAGGAUAUCGCAUUUGUUCUCAGAUGCCGCUUUGCGUGAGGUUGUUGACGCGAUCGCACAUCGCACUGGCUGCCUCCUUGAAAUCGUCAAUUACAACGUCGAGGGUCAACAAUAUGUCACUGCUGGCGAGCUGAUUGCGCUGCAGACGCUCACUACCGUGCUCAACUACCUGAAGGUCCAGAAGGUUGAUAUUGCGAAGUUGACGGAGCAGCUGAGCAUCGAGAAGGUCAAGGAGAUGCUGGCGGAGAUCAUCGACUCGUGCUACCAGCGCUCGCAGGAGCUGCAGGAGGCCGAGGGCUACAUUACGCUCGAGCGUGGGUUCGCGACAAUCCCGCUUCCUGGCAUCGACGUGCCAUUCCACUCGCGUUACCUGUGGGCCGGUGUUAUGCCGUUCCGUGCAUAUCUGUCCAAGAAGAUCAACGCUGCUCACCUGAACCCCGACAUGCUCAUCGGCAAAUACGUCCCCAGUCUGAUUGCCAAGCCCUUCGAAGUCUCUCGCGAGUACGCGCAGAUCAUCUACGACCAGACGUCCUCGCCUCGUCUCGACAAGCGGAACUGGGAAGAAGAACAGUGGGCCGCGCCGCACCAGCGCCGGAAGCUUGCCUACGCGAUCCUCGUCGAGCUGCUGGCCUACCAGUUUGCAUCGCCCGUGCGAUGGAUCGAGACUCAGGACAUCCUGUUCACCCGCUACGACUUCGAUCGCUUCAUCGAGAUCGGUCCCUCGCCGACGCUCACGGGCAUGGCUUCGCGCACUCUGAAGGCGAAAUACAAGAGCCAGGAUGAUUCGCAUGGCCGCCGCCACGCUCCGGAGGAAGCCGCAGAGUCACCCGAGGAAACGCCCAUAGCGGCUCUCGUGGCAGCAGUCGCCACGCCCGUAGCUGCUGCAGCCGCACCUGCUCCUGCGGUUGCUGCUAAGCUGAAGAAAGCGGACGAGGUGUCUUUGUUGAAGUCAAUCAACGACCUGAUUCUUGGCGACCUUCAUCUCGAGUUUUCUUCGGCGCCGAAGAAGGGUGAGGAGCUGCCCCUCGAACAACUCGGCUCGACUUUGACCGGUACUGGCGGCCUGGGUAAAUACAUCUCUGUCCUCGUUUCUCAUCUCAUUGGUGGGAAGAUGCCUGGCUGCUUCAACAUCUCCGCCAUCAAAUCGUACCUCUCAGAAUCAUGGGACUUGAGGCCCUCUUAUGUGAAUUAUCUGACACCGACCGGGUCACCGAACCCGAACAUUAUGGCAUUGCAUGAUGAGAACUCUGCGUCUUUGCAUGGGCAGACCACUUCGGGGCUUCGCUCACCGUUCACAUUUGCUGGUAGCGCCAGCCCGGAUGUGUUGAUCCAACAGCGCAUAGGCUGUGCCGAUCACGACACCCUGGUCCGCUGCAACAAUAUGGCAUACCUUGGAGUGGUAGCCCGUCUGCAAUGUGUACAGCAGGAGAGGGAUGUCCUACAGAUUCGUCUUGACGAACAAAUACUUCUUUACGACCGUCUUUUGAAUCGUGUCUCCGGCGCCCCCGUAUCGACUCCAUUUCUCCUUGGAUCUCAUAUGACCCUUCCUACCGGAGCCAAUAUAUCGGUCUGUGGAAAAGUGAAGUAUUGGAAUUCAGCAUCGUGGACGAGGACCGAGCAAGGCGCACCUGGUAGACCAGGCCCACAUCUUGACGAUGAGAACAUCGCUCAGCGUUACAUCGAAGAUGCCAACGGCAAUCCGGUUUCGGGCGCAGUUGCCGCAGCUGCACGGGCUACGACUAACGCAUUGCUGUUAUCGCUUGCGCAGAAUGAUCAAGUAGCGCCAUCUGCCUCUAGACUCACAUACGAGGCCCUCUGCUACCUACAUAGCAACCUGGCAAAGCAAUUCCCUAUGCUUCUCUUCUGCGAUGGAGGCAUGUGGAAGACCACUGUCCUCAUUGGUCAGAUAUAUUCCGGAUUCAUGAAGACUCACCGAGCUAGGGUUGCAGCUAGUGCUAAAGUCAAAUCCGAGGAGCAGAAGGUAGAAGAUUUCGAUAUUCCUUUGUCGCAGGAGUCUAGCAGCAAAAGGACGAAGCAUACUCGUACUGAGUCAGUAGAUAUACGACCUGCGCCCAAGAAGCAGAAAGCGACCACACCACAGCCACACACUCCUGCGACUCCAGAUCCUGCUCUGCCAGCGACCAUCAUCCCAUCGAUCUCUAUCACGCCUGGUACCCCGCAUCAUCAACCAACGCAGCUUCAGCCUAGUCCACCAUCCUCUACGAUCUCAUCUCUCUCAUGUCCCAUAGUGGGGCCCGAUGUGCAAGCCUCAUCAAAAAAUGGUGACGACUAUACUAUUGCCACUCCACUUGAGGACCAAGAGUCACAGAAUGGCCCCGUGAGGACGAUCACGGACGACCUCGAAGCUUCAGAGCAAGAUCCUUCAGCUGGGUCACCAGACGACAACACCAUUGUCCCGCAGGUCCCAGGGCCGAUGUCAUGGCCAUCUCAUUCGGCAUCCUCUCCAUCAGAUUUAUCGCCGCCGGAAACCGAGGCCGCAGUGCAGUCAACACCUGCGCCUCUGGACAUCUCCGGCUCAGCGGUAGAAACCAGUCCUGGUCCCUCUGCUAGCAUGAGCCCGAUGCGCACAAUGGACACGGCAGCCUUGGACUUGCUGAGUGACGCCGCAGCAUACACGUCAAGUUCUACGAAGCUGCAACCGUCUUCAGAGGGCUCACUACAGAUCGUACUUCCUGAAUCAUCCUAUACACGGAAACCGGGUUCCUUCCCAAACCCAGUUCGUCGGCUGACCCGUAGUUCGAACACCGAUGAUGACCAGGAACAUGCCGGGGCAGCCACCGAGCUGAGCCAGUGUGCCGUUCCUCCAGAUCUGCCCUCCAAGGUUGUUAAGGGUAGAGCCAGGAAGGCUGCAGGAUCUGACGCACUUUUGUCCACCAAAUACAAGGCAGGAACCAUUAGCUGGCAGUCACUUCUUAUGCGGGAUAUGAUUAGUGUAGACGCCAGCGUGACAUACAAAGAAUAUCAGACGAAGUCCGCGUCCAUUGCUACAGAUGAUGUCGAGUAUCUGAAGAGACUUAAGACUGAAGCAGCAGACAUGAAAAAGGCCAAAAAGACAGGCUAG